AUGGUUAUUGAUCAAGCUUUAUCUCUUAUCAAAUCCGGUGCACGUGUUUUUGUACAUGGAUGUGGUGGUAGUCCACGAUAUCUUAAUCGUCUUCUAGCAAAUCGUGCUGGUGAUCUUCGACGUGUUGAAAUUAUAAGUGUUAAUCCGCUGGAUGAUACCUUUACUAAUCCUGAAUUAAAAGAUAGUUUUUUUAAUAAUAGUCUUUUUGCAUCAUCUUUUGUUCGAUCAUCAAUAACGAAUGGUGCUGCAUCAUAUAUUCCAACAUUCUUAAAUGAAAUGCCUCGUCUUUUCGAUGAAAAUAUUCUUCCACUUGAUGCUGCUUUAAUUCAAGUUUCACCACCAGAUCAACAUGGUUAUUGUUCACUUGGUAUUUCAGUUGAAGUAACACAAGCAGCUAUAAGAAAUGCUAAAAAAGUCUUUGCACAAAUCAAUCGUCAUAUGCCACGAGUACAUGGUGAUACAUUUUUACAUAUGAAUGAAAUUGAUGCUUAUGUUGAAUAUGAUGAACCAUUGAUUGAAUUGAAUUAUUCAAAACAAAUUACUCAAAUAGAAAGAAAAAUUGGAAAAAAAGUAGCAGAAUUAAUUGAUGAUCGAAGUACACUUCAGUUAGGUAUUGGACCAAUUCCCAAUUCUAUUUUAACGUGUCUUGAUAAUCAUAAAGAUUUGAGUAUAGCAACAGAAGUAUUAUCCGAUGGUGUUAUACCAUUAUUAGAAAAUGGUGUUAUUACAAAUCGAUAUAAACAUUUUCAUCCAGGUAAAACCACAUGUACAUUCAUAUUGGGAACAAAGAAAUUAUAUGAUUUUGUUAAUGAUAAUCCAAAUGUUCUCUCAUUGGAUGUUUCGGUUACAAAUGAUCCUGCUCAAAUUCGUCGAAAUCCACGAAUGUGUGCAAUUAAUUCUGCAUUAGAAAUUGAUUUAACUGGACAAAUUUGUGCUGAUUCAUUAGGAACAAUGCAAUAUUCAGGUGUUGGUGGACAAAUGGAUUUUAUGCGUGGUGCUGGUUUAAGUAAACAUGGAAAACCUAUUAUUGCAUUACCUUCACAAACACCAAAAGGUAUUUCACGUAUUGUUAACAUGUUAAAACCAGGUGCUGCGGUGACGACAACACGAGCUCAUGUUCAUUAUGUUGUAACUGAAUAUGGUGUAGCAAAUUUAUUUGGAAAAAAUUGUCAACAAAGAGCAAAAGCAUUGAUUGAAUUAGCUCAUCCAAAUCAUCGUGAAUCGCUAGAACGUGCUGCAUAUAAACGUUUCAAAGCGUUGUAUUAA